UGCCGGUUUCACUUUUGGGCCUGGGCGCCCGCAGGCGGUACACGUUCAGCAGUCAGCAGCUUCAGGGCCCCCGCGGCACGAACGGCCUGGGCAGCCUCACCUCGCUUUGCAGGCCAGAGCUUGGGUGCUACAGUCACGGAGCAUGGCGUCGAUCUUUGAGUGGGUGGUCAAGCGCGUGGUCCGGGAACUGGACCGCAAUGGAGAGCUCAUCCCCAUGGACAGCCUUCAAAACUCUGCCAGCUUCCAGCCCUACUGCCUUUUGAGCAAGAAGUCCUCCAGCUCAUGGUUCUGGAGACGCCGUUAUGUAUGUGUUGGCCUGUUCAUCAGGGACAUCCUGGAGCCCAGCGACCCGGAACCAGCUGUCGAGUGUGUCAGCCCCAUCCACUUCCAAGACACCGUGGACAGUAAUAAGCAGGUCAGCGUGAAGGUGAUGGCCCCAGGACAGGGGAAGCUUGCAUUUGGGGCUGCAGUAUCUGGCAGCUCCAGCGCCUCCUUGAACGUGUGCACGCUGCGAGUGAGCCCCAACACCUGGGAUACCAUGCUCCGAGAGAGGCAUCUGCGGCAGCCCGAACACAAAGUCUUGCAGCAGCUUCGGAACCGUGGGGAUGACGUGUUUAUGGUGACUGAGGUGCUGCAGACACAGGAGGCGGUGGAGGUCACCCAGACCCGCAAGCAGGAAGGCUCAGGCCAGUUGGCGCUGCCCAGAGCCAUAGGCUCGCAGGUCGAGGGCCAGGGCCACAUGAACCGGAAGAAGACAGUCACCAUCCCCUCGGGCAGCAUCCUCGCGUUCCGGGUGGCCCAGCUCGUUAUCACUGGCUCUGACUUGAACAUCCAUGGCAUCCUAAACAAGAAGCAGAGGACCUUCGUGACAUUCCAGGCAGAAUCCAAGCUUCCAGGAGGUGCAGGUGACCAGCGCAGGCUGUCCUCCGGCUUCUCCAUGAUAAAGUCCAUCUAUGACCACUUCAAGAUCCAGUCGGACGGGCUCACCGAGGACUCAUUGGUGCUUACUGAAGAUUUCCAGGGCCUGCAGAUGGAGGUGAACGCCUGUGCCGAGAUCCUGGAGAACUUCUCUAAGACGCUGUGUGGGCAGCUGCUAGGGGUCCUGGGGCAGGUCCUGUGGGACCAGCAGGCCCUACAGGUCCUACAGGCCCUGGAGGAAUCGCUGGAGCAGGGCCAGCAGUUGGGGCGGGUGGAGCCUCUGUCAGGCCCAGCGGGUGCCAUCCUGGAGUGCCUGGUGCUCCCCUGCAGAACAGUAGUCAAGGAGCUCGCUGGCCCUAUCUUCUACCUGCUGGAAGCGCUGGCUGCCCUGAGUGAGACCCAGCACGUGCUGCUGGCCCAGAUGCUGGAGGCCAGGUCCCUGUUGGAGCCGUUGAAGCUGGUGGAGGGCCUUUUGGAGCAGAGCAUCCCAUGGGAGGAGCGCAGGGCCGUGUCCCUGCUGCCUGAGCUCCUGGGCAGCAGCUGGGGCUCAGAAGCACCCGCCUGGGGCCUGUUGGAGGGGUGUGGUCUGGAGCUGCAGGUGGACGCCCCCCAGGUGUGCUGGGAGCCGGAGGCCCAGGGCUGCACAUGUGCGCUCUAUGCCUGCCUGGCCCUGCUGUUGAAACUGAGCCAGCUCUGCUAGCCUGCAGACCUACGUGCCUGGGCUGCUCUCAGGGGGCAGAGCUCAUGCCCACCCAGCUGCCAGCCCUGGGAAGGCCAGAGCCCAAACCCAGCCAAGAGGCCUGUCCACCACAGAGCUCAGGAGUUGGGGAAAGCCAAUAAAUUCGACUUACAAAAGGAA